GUUCAUCCCAAAAAGCAAAGAUAGACCAGUCAGUCAAUCCUAUAAUAAUAAUAAGAAUCGAAGAAGACGACGACAACGUUGGGAAGAAGAAGAAGAAGAGGAAGACCUAGCUUUCGCCGUCGAUUUGAUUUUUAGUCUGAGAUAUCUCUCUCCGGCGAGGAGACCUACUAGUUUUCAAUCGAUCUUGGCUUUUGAAAUCGCCUCUCCUAGACUUUUUAUUUAAGGCGCUGGAUUUGAAAGAAAAAAAAAAAAUCCGAGAAGGAGCCGUUUGAUAUAUAUAUAUAUAUACGGCGGUGGGAAAAUAGUGAAAUUACGGCGGAGGAGUUGAAUCGGAUCUGUGAUUUGAGUGAGGAAGGGGAGAAAUAUUAAGGAGUAGGUGGAUGAUACAAGUAUAUGAAAACCCUAAGUUCUUUGUUGUUGGUUCAAUGAAGGAGAUAGAGAGAAAUCGAUUCUGGUUCUCGACUCUGUCGGCUUGGCAAUGGUUUUAUAAACAACUUGGUAUCUUCUUUUGGACAUGGAAGAUCUUAUAGAAAUCACGACCUCAGAAGGAAGGUCGAUCUUGUUUUUAUGUGGUCAUGAAACCUUAGUGGCUCGUCUUUGUAUGAUAGGCUAAUUAGGGAUACGAUGAUACUCUGGUUUCGAUGUGAUUCGAGUUUUAAUAGAUCUUUGGGGCCGCCAUUCAAGAAUCUUCGAUAUGGCCAAGGGGCGAGGCCGACAGUGUCAUCUGGAGUUGGAUUUAGUCGGGACUAAAAACAUGAAAUAAAUGCUAGUUUUGUUUGCUUUUAAUUCCCCCACCCAAAACCAAAAGCUCUGGAGUUUAUUUUUUUCCAGACUUCAAAAACUGUAUAGCGCAAUAUGUCUUAAGGGCUCAUAGAGUCUUUAACCUUGACUGUCUAGCUAGUUAUUGAUUUACUAGAAGUAGGCAAUAGCUCUUUGCUUAUGUUUUGUGUUAAAUUUUUUUUUUUUUUUAAAUGGUGUUUGCUAAUGGAAUAUCAUUGCUUGCAGGUGAGGUGAAGGCUCGUAGUAAAAAAGAAUUAAGUUUUCCGGGAGUGGAUGGUAUAAAAGCAUGAAAAGCAAUGAUGGUGUAGAGCUUCCCUGGAAAGUGGUUGCUAAAGGUAGCAGAAGUUCAACAAGGCGUAGUAAGAAACCAGUUGUACGUGUUGCAGCCUCAGGUAUUGAGGCAGAAGACAAGAUUGCAACUGGCUCAGUAGUAGCGAGAAAAGCAAAGCCUGAAAAGCUUAGGGUUUCUGUUCAAGGUCAGCAUUUCCCUGAAAGAGUAGAACAUGUUCCGUUAAAGAAACGGAGAUUUCUGGUUCGCUCCCUGUCACCUUCAAAGAAGUCAUCUGGUCAAUGUGAAGGCUCAGAAAAUAAAGCGCAGAUCAACCGUGUUUCGCCUGUUUCGAGAUUAAACCCAAAUUUGAUCUCAGACGUUCAUGAUGAAAAGCCUGAUUGCAGUGGUCAUGACUUUUCUGGUAUCAAGAUCCUUGCUGAUGCUGCUUGCAGUACGGAAUUGAAUAAUGAUCUUUCACCAGCUAUUGACCGGUUGCUUGCCGAAGAAUAUGUUGUUCAGCAACAAGAUGCCUCUACCAUUUCAACUCAUGCUGAAGGUAAUAAUUCAUCAGCUGGAACUGCCUAUGUCUCGCAUACUGCAGUUGAUUCCAAUGAUCAGGGUCGGCAAAGCAAUAGCGAUAUUGUAGCGCCUCAGAUAAAUCCUUUAAAAAAUUUGGUCAAAGAGUUGGCUGAUGUGCAGAGCGUAGAGCACAACAGAGUGACCUCUGGAGGGAUGAUAACACCUAAAAAAACCAGUAUUGCUCUUUCGGAUGAAUCCUCAACAGAAAGACCGACGGCUAAUGUUGCAGCAAGUGAAUGUGAAACUUUAGCACCUGAUAGUGGAGUUGUAACGAUGUCAGAGAAAUCAUCUGCCGAUGAGCCCACUGAAAGGAACAAGGGUGAAGGCCUUAAAAAUGUUAUCUUCCACUGGGAUUUAAAUGAACCUUGUGGUGUAGAAGAUGAAGCCUCUGGAAGAGAUGUAGAGGGAGAAAUCACAGAGUCUAUUGCCCCUAAAGAGAGCGGACCUAUUCAUGGAAGUAAGGACAGUAUGGGUGGGGUAAUUGCAUCAGAUGAUCAUACAAAAACUUCAUCACCAUCUGGGCCUAAGGCUGAUGCAGCUACUAAAAAUGAAAAGGAGUGCCAAUCUGGUUAUGACUCCCAGUUUGAGGAUGGAGAGUUGAGAGAACCAUACCCUUGGGAAGAGACUGAGGGAGAAACAGGAGAGGUUGAACAGUUGGAUUACGGGUCUGAGCCAGAGGCUGAGAGAUUCUACUCAAUGGAAUCUGAGAAGGGAAUCUUGGCAGACAAGAAUUUCAGACAUAUUAAAAGUGAGCCUGGUGAUGCACCGAGAAUUGGGGAGGCUAAUGAAGGAAGUGACAUAGAGAAGCAAGUUGUUGUUAACAUGAGUGAUUCACAUCCUAAGAAGGGCUCUUCGUCUCCUUCAAGGAGCUUUGGGUCAAAACCAUACAAGAAGUUGCCUUCACAUGAUGCCAUCCAGAGGAGAAGGCCUGAUAAUUCUGAAGGGUUGAGUACGGUUCCAGAUAGGUUUGUUGGGAGAGGUGAUCCGUCAGGGAUGCAUACUCCUGGGAGAGGAGGGUAUUUUAAUGGUUGGGAUUCCAAACGACGCUUCUCCCACCCUAAUUACAAAGGCGGUUCCUCUGGUUUCAGGCGUCCACGGCCUAAAAGCAUGGCAGAUGAUCAAGGUAUGAUGAACGGCUUUGAUGAGUCAGGGUCAGGACCGGGACCAGGACCAGGACCAGAUGGUCAUGAACGUAGGCAAUUCUCAGAUGGUGGAUACCGAGGUCGGUUUAGGAGAUUCCCAGAUGAUAGGGAUCGUAAUUUCAGGGGUCUUCACAGUGAUACCAACCAAUUUCCUAGUCGGAUGCACAACCGGAUGAGUAGUAAUUGGAGAGAGAGAGGUGGCUCUCCGGUAUACAGGAGAUUGCACCACUCGCAAUCAGAGUCAAGAUCCAGAAGCCGUUCUCCAGUCUCGUGGAAUGGCAGAAACAGAUCAUCUCCUCCUCCUCCUACAGGUAGGGUUAGAGCAGACGAGAGGAUGAUGGAAAGAGUGAGGUUGCCUUUCCAGAAACGGUAUCUUGUAGAUCAAGAGAUGGGUUACAUGUCACCUCCGAGAAACAGAAUGUCGUCGCCGAGGUUCUUUGAAGGGAGGAACAAUGAUGCUGGAGAGAAUCAUAACAACAGCUUCAGGGGAAGGAAGUUCCGGCCUGGACAGAGAUUUGAUGUGGGAAAUUCUAUGAGAAGACUGAAUGCUGACAAAAACAACGACAACAACAACUUUAGACCAUUUAUUCGGAACAGAAGAUUUGAUGGCGCGGAAGAGAACACUACAUGUCUGAACAGGUUUGAGAUGGCUCAGCAGGAGCGGGCUCGACGGUCUGAGGCCACAGCAGAUGGAGGUGGUAAUGAUAUUCGACGGUUCAAGUUUAAUGAAGAACAGCCAGUGGUGGUAGCCAACAACGACAACAACAACAAACAGUCAUGAUAACAGAUAACGUAAGGGACACAUUUUGGUUUUUGCCAAUAGAAGAAUCUCUCUUAUGUUUAGUUUAGUUUUGUUUGUCAUGUUUGUUAUCGUAAUUUUAAGACAUCGGUUUAGGGAAGAGGGGAAAAAAAUGCCAUGACGUCAUCCUGGUAUUUUUUUUUUGUUUUUGUUUUCUAGGAGAGUUUGAUUUCUCUCUUCUAUUUUUCUUUCAAAAUUUUCUCAUUUUCUUUCUACAGAGGUUUUAGGGUUUUCUAGGUAGCUGCUGGUUUCAGUUUCUGGAAAUGAUUUCUAAAUUUGUAGAAAACCAACUAAAUGAAAUCAAAUAUCUUUUUUUAUCUUACCCA